GCUUAACGUAGUCAGAUGCCAGUCUAUGCAGCGCACGGCUCUAACGAGCCAAGAAUGACUAGCGCAUUUCGAAUGGCAAGAACGGUCGUCGCCGUGCACGUAUGCCUGGCGCUCCUGUUACCAGCGGUCUUGGGCCUCGGUGAACACAAGCUCCACAGAAACAAGACGAAUGCAUUACAGAUUUUUGAGAUCUUUCCGGACGCUGUAGCCCUGUACACUUCCAGCAACGACCCGAGCCUGAAGUGUGUGACCGCCGACCGGACAGAAUACGAGCCGAACAAAACGGUCACUUACACUUGGAAUCUGCACAGUGACCAAGAGUCAAAAAAAGACACGUUCGUGGUCGAAUAUCAACCCGGCCCUGCACAAGACACGGCAAUUGCCAUUGUCAACCAUGACAAGAAGCAUCCCACGUUAGUCAAGUUUGACUACACCAAUAAUAAGAACUGCGUCGUUGCAAAUUUCCCAUACAAGGGCGAAGUAUGCAUACUGUGGGUCCCAAAAGCAUACGUGUCAUCGUUUCCACAAGAAUGCGUCGAUCAGUUUGAAGACAUAUGCGACGCGGAAGUUCCAGCCUACCAAGAAGGCCUGUGUGACGACGCUCUCGGCGAUUAAUAAAAUCAUACGCACGUCCUGUACACUCCAAAUUCCCCUGGAAUUUGUUUCUGAUGUGACCUUCUAAAGCCCUAUGAACAUGCUGCUCGUCAAGAAAACUGUGGUUGCUUCUUCUGCAGUAAAUACAGUAUGUUUAGAACGG